AUGACUGAAGUGAAAUUUUUCAGUUAUAGAUUAAAGGGUGAACCAGCAACACUUCUUGCAAAAGAGGUCAAGAUACUCAAGAACAAUAUGAAAAGGAUAUACUCAUCAUAUCAUAUUUUGAAAGAUUUUAAAACAGUCCUAGCGAAGUAUGAAAUUAUAAGUGGAGACAUAACUCAUAUUCCGCAAUUUAUAUCAGAAGUUAUUCUCGAAGAUGAUACUGAAUUGCAAAAAAGUGUUAAGAGAAUUUUAGAGAAGCUGAAAGAAAUUGGUGAAUCAUCAGAUCGGGAGAGGCUGAUUAAUGGAGAGUUAUCACAUCAUAAUAUACUAAAAAGUGGUUUAAGUACUGAAUAG